UCAUCCAAGAAAAAGAUGCCGCCUUCGCGGAAAGCUAGUAUCGUCUACUCCAAGACGAGGUUUGAUUUCAUCCUAUCCAGGUGUUAGGAGUGACGAGAAGGCUUUACUAUUUUUUUUAGUUCUUCGCGGGUUGACCAACGGCAUUCAAGCGUGCGCGAGUCCGGGUGGUGCGGCGCCAGGCCUUCUGGGGUGCGGAACGAGCACCAACACACCUAGCCCACCAGCGUCAUUGUCAAACCGCUUGGCAGAAGGCGACUUUCAGGCACAUUCUCCAAAAUCUCAACCACCACAUGUUGCCUCUUCCCGGCACUAUUUUACCUAUUGAAUAACAUUUUGCACAUUAGCUCCCAGGUAAAGGACUGUUUAACGGAUCAGUGCAAUUAUACUACUCUGUGGCUACAGUUUUGGACCACACACGGGUUGCCCAAAUGGAGCGGCCAUCCACUCCACCGCGGCCACCGCAGCCAAGAGCGACUGCUCCAGCUCGUCCACGAUCCCCGCCAACUCCCGAAGUCACUCGCCGUAUAGAGGAAUCCCGCUUGCACGCAAAAGCCAUCCGAGACCAGCGCGAAGCAGAACAGCGCGCGGCCGGUGUCCCUUCACAACCACGGACUGCCUCCGGCUUUGUCGCAACCGACGACAUCGAACUCGCCGGACCGGCCGGGAAAAAACGACCUUACGAAUCCAUCACGCGAUCCCAGGUGCCCGCCACGAACCGCGAUGCACGAACGGCACCGAACAAGACCGGGGCCGCUCCUGCGGAUGGCGCCUUGCCCCCCAUGUCGCACAAGUUCACCAAAUACGUCGACUACAACUUCAGCACCAUGACAGACACCAAGGGCGGGUUCUUGAGCACCGAAGAUGAUCCGUGGAACAAGAGCAUGUCUGCUGGGGCGAGCAGCCAGCCUGGCCAGCCCGAGGCCGAGCAGAAGCCAGCACAUAUGACGGCAGCUGAGUGGGAGCGGAUGCAGCUGAUAAAGAAGUUGCAGCGGAACAAGGCCGGCCCUUUCGAGCCUGGGAUCAGCGUCUUGGCAGACGAGAAGACGAGGAAACGAUGCAGGGAGUGCCGCAGCGUCGAGAUUGACUUCGUGUGGGAGGAGGUCUUUGGCUGUGCCGUGUGCAACACCUGCAAAGAGAAGUAUCCCGAGAAAUACAGCUUGCUCACCAAGACGGAGUGCAGGGAGGACUAUCUAUUGACAGACCCCGAGCUCAAGGACCCCGAACUACUCCCGCACUUGUCCAAGCCAAACCCACACAAAUCACACUGGCACGACAUGAUGCUCUUUCUACGAUACCAAGUGGAAGAAUACGCCCUUACACAUAAGUGGGGUUCGGUAGAGGCACUGGACGCCGAGUUCGAGAAGCGCGAGGGGGACAAGAAGAGACGGAAAGAGGUAAAAUUCAAGGAGAAGCUGCUCGAGUUGAAGCGCAAAACAAGAACCGAGGCCUUCCGGCGUAAUACCGGCAAGGCAGGCGGCGGCGGCAUAGUCGGAGGAAAAGGUGGUGCCACAAAGUUCGGGGACACAGUCGGCGGCAGCGGGAAACAUGUCCACGAAUGGGGCCGGACGGUGGAGAACGAGGAGGGAAUGACGGUCAAAACAUGCUUAACCUGUAAAAUGCAAGUUGAGGAGCUUGAGUUCUGACAACAACACCACAUAGUUACACGAUGCCUGUAUAUAUCUCUUGACGUCCAUAGCAAGGGAAGUCUCACAGAAUACUCGGUACCAUAUGUCUUCUUCAACAUUAUUGCCUUGGUUCAACAACAGAGUGCUUGUGGUGUCGAUCUGCCGUGAUUGGCCGGGAGAGCUCGUGCAUGGUAACCUGUCCCUGCUCACGUUCUGCGUUUGCAUGCGCGAGUCUCGUUGUGAGAAUCAGUAACAAAUGUAGGCAAGCGCAGGGGUGCGUCCGUCGACAUAGCCAACGUGCAGCUGUGAUAGAAGGCCUAAUCUGAUUGAUGCCAAUCGCCUGAGGCGAUGCUUAGCGGCCCCCAGUGUCUCUCUGCGCUUCUCCUAGAAACUGACCAAAGCUG